UAACUUUCGAAUUUUAAAAUUCGAAGGAGUCGAUCUUGGAUCUUUUAAAUACUAUUUUGAAUUGGCUAAAUUUUUAUAUAAUUUUCAAACAUAAAAAUUCUAUUCAAAACUAGAAAAUUUUAUGCCCAACAAAUCUAAAUGGCCCGACUUGCAAAAAGCAAAAAGUGACUCAUAAACUAAAGUAAAACCGUGAUGGUAGUAUUAUUUUGGAUACAAUAAUUUUGUAUAGUUAAUUUCUAAAAUUAUCUAUUAAAUAAUAAAUUAUGCCAUGUAAUAUAAUUAGGAUUAGUAAACGCUGGGUGUGUCGGUAGUGUAGUAGUAAGUAAAGAACCUCACAUUUGUUUAUUUUACCCACAAUCUGUCAGUUACAAUAAGCGAAGCAACCACUCUGCUGCUAAAACCAUUUUCUAUCCUUCAGUUCUCUGCUUUACAGCCAUUUCUUGUUUAUUAUACAAUUCUUCCAGUCGCUUUUUUCAGUAUAAUAAUUUUCAUCAAAUGCUUCCUCCUUACUCCGGCGAGUCGCCGGACGCCGAUGAAACCCUACGUAAACCUCCCAAAUCCAACAACAAUGACUUUAUCAAGAAUGCUGUAACCAAUUUCCAGUACCAGAUUUCUACUCACCCAAGAUUCUGGCUUUUCACCUUCUUCCUCUUUUUCCAACUUCUUGUUCUCAUUUUCACCCGCAAUUCUCCUUUCCCCUUUUCAGUCCACUCUCCGCCUAGUCCUCUCCCUCAUUUCCCUACAGAAAUCGCUGUAUUUGCCGAUAUACAGAGACCCCAUGAAGGCGGAAAUGUGAUUUAUCCCUUCGGUGAUUCUGAAUGCGAGUAUGGUCGGGUUUAUGUCUAUGAUUUGCCAUCCAAAUUUAACGAAGAUUUAGCUUUGUUAACCUGUGACGAUCUAGACCCAUGGAAGUGGCAGUGUGGCCUUGUGACCAAUGACGGAUACGGAAAGAAAUCGACGGAGCUCGCCGGAAUCUUGCCCGGAAAUCUCUCCGAAGCGUGGUACCGGACAAAUCAGUUCUCAUCGGAGGUAAUAUUUCAUUACCGGCUUUUAAACUAUAGAUGUAGAACUAACGACCCAGAAUCUGCUACGGCUUUCUAUAUUCCGUUCUACGCCGGACAGGCUGUUGGAAAAUACCUUUGGACUGAUGAAAUCGAAAAUCGUGAUUUGCUUAGUAACAAAUUAUUGAAAUGGGUUCAAAGGCAAAAGUAUUGGAAAAAGUAUAAGGGUUUAGAUCAUUUCCUAACUCUUGGUCGGAUAACGUGGGAUUUCCGGCGAUUAGGUGAUCCAGAGAAACUGUGGGGGUCCACUUUUCUCAAUCGACCACAGAUGCGGAAUGUUACACGGUUCACAAUCGAGAAGGCUCCAUGGGAUGCAAAUGAUAUUAGUGUACCUUACCCUACUGGAUUCCACCCUCACUCUGUGGAAGAACUCCGGCAAUGGCAAAACUUUGCGCUCUCAUAUAACAGGACGAGUCUUUUCACCUUCAUAGGUGCGGCGCGUGGAGAUAUUGACAGUGAUUUCAGAUCGAGGUUAAUGAGUUACUGUAGGAACGAGUCGGACUCGUGCCGAGUUGUGGACUGUGCAGUAAUUCCCUGCUCUAACGGUUCAUCAGAGAUUCAAAAAGCACUUCUGAGUUCGGAUUUCUGUUUACAGCCGAAAGGAGAUAGCUUGACUCGGCGGUCUGUUUUCGAUUGCAUGGUGGCCGGUUCAGUGCCGGUUUUUUUCUGGCGGCGAACGGCUUACACUCAGUACCAGUGGUUUUUGCCUGAAGAUCCGGGGGGUUAUUCAGUGUUUAUAGACCCGGAAGCAGUGAGAAAUGGGACGGCUUCCAUUAAGGAUAUUUUGAAGAGUUACAGUAAAGAUCAAGUGAGGAAAAUGAGGGAAAAAGUAGUAGAGACAAUUCCAAGAAUAGUGUAUGCAAGGCCAAGUGGAGGUCUUGGGACUGUGAAGGAUGCAUUUGAUAUUGCAAUUGAAGGAGUAUUGAAGAGGGUCAAGGACGAAAACGAAUGGAAGGAAUACGUUGAUUUACACAGUUGAAGAUGAUGAGUUCUAGUUUGGGAGAUUUAAUGAAUGUUGUGAAGUGUAUAAAUGUUUCACUUGAUUGAAUCUAUAUACAUAUACUGUCAUAAAUACAGGGACUAAGUUUGAAGCCAGACGGGUAAUUCUGUUAGGCCGGUGCCACGAUUCUCAUAUUUCAGAAUCAGUUUAGGUUGCUGGAUGAUGGAGAGUUCUGAUUUUAUACAUAUAUUAUCAAAUAUUUUUAGAGAUUUGUGUUGAGAUCAGAGGGAAAAGUGAGGUUCAAGUGUUGUUAUCUGCCGGUAAGAAGUUAUGUUGAUCAGAUUUUGGCAAUUCUUUUCUGAAUUUGUCUUUCAGUUCCAUGUACUGAAAUAAGGUUUCAUAUAGAUCAACAUUUCAUCUUGUUAUUCAUCUUUAUUACUUCCGACUUAAUGCAGACAUUUCAUUUGGUAGCUUGUAA